AGUCGCAAAUUUCCUCUCUUUUUGAAUACAGGGAAAUAUACUCGGCAUAAAAAUGUACAAGUUGUUAAUGUUUACGACUUGUGUAUUAAUUGGAGCCAAAGCGGCGUUGAGUGUAAAACCUGUAGACGAGGAGGUCGAGCUUCAUAGGGCCCGCAUGCUCCGAAACCGGAUAGAAGAUUCUGGACCCCUGUCUAAACAAAUGAAGACCAAUCAUACAACGGUCAUAUUUUUGGGAGCGUUUAACGGAAAAUACAUCUACUACGAUAUGACUCCUCGGACACAAGAUGCGGCUAGAGCGGGAUGUCAACUAAUGGGAAUGAAGCUACUUCGAGUCGAUAGAGUGGAUGAAAUGGAAUUCAUUAACAACGGAACCACAGGCUACGAUUACAUCUGGACGGAUGGUACAUUAAAUGAGGUUCAAUCAAGUUUUCGUUGGGCGCAUUCCGGUCGAGUUAAUGUCCCCGACGCCAUUGUUCGUUCUCCAUUCACUGGUGAAAUUGGGUUAGCUUUGGAGAAAAACCCCACCAGAUUUUGCAUUCGACCAGCCAAUCAGCAACGGCAUUCUUUAUGUUACAUUUGACACGCGGGUGCAUCAUGUAAUUAGGUGAAUAGGCCAAAUUUUGUUUAGGGUUAUGAUAGUCGCAAAGUUAUUCGAAGCAUAUUUGAAAAAUAUUUUUAGUUAGCUACUUCCUUACGUAUACACCCCUUAUUUGUAGAUAAUUAACCUGUAAGCACGGAAAUAAAUAAAUACAAAUAUGUAUGUAUUA